AGCAAAAAAGAGUACCAAUUGUUGAUCAUUUUCAGGAAAACAAAGCUUACAAAUCUUCCAAUAUUUUCUAGUAUUGUUCAAACAAAGAAAACUCCAUGUGAACACUAGUCUUCUCACUUUCCCAUCAAUCUCUUCAUCAUCAUCAAACUAUAUAUCUUCAUUUCUUUUUCUCUUUUGCUACUUCUAAUAGUGUACUUCUUUCUUUUUUAAUUUUCUGUGUAUUAGAAUUUGUGACAGUAUAGUAAUUCGUCACAAGUCUUUGGCUUUUAAUUUCUUAUUUAGUGAGAAAAUUAGGCAUAGAAAAAAAUUUCACGAGAAAAACAUCUAACCCAUGGACAGUUCCAAGUUCCACAUCAACAUCCACCAGAACAAUAACGACGUCAACAAUAAUAAUAAUGUUAAUAUUGGAAGUACUACUUCUUCUUCUUCUUCAACGGCGUCUACCUCGAGCAGAUAUGAGAAUCAGAAACGAAGAGAUUGGAACACUUUCGGACAGUACUUAAAAAAUCAUAGGCCUCCACUCACGCUCUCUCGCUGCAGUGGUGCUCACGUCCUUGAAUUCCUUCGUUACCUUGAUCAAUUCGGCAAGACUAAGGUUCAUAUUCCGAUGUGUCCUUUUUAUGGUCACCCGAAUCCUCCAGCACCAUGUCCGUGCCCGGUUAAACAAGCAUGGGGAAGUCUUGACGCACUUAUUGGUCGUCUUAGAGCUGCUUUUGAAGAAAAUGGUGGAAAACCUGAGACGAAUCCGUUUGGUGCUCGAGCUGUUAGGCUUUACCUUCGGGAGGUUCGUGAUUUGCAAUCUAAAGCGAGGGGAGUUAGUUAUGAUAAGAAGAAGAAGAAGAAAAAGCGGAAAAUUUCUCCGCCACCGCAACAGUUGACGGAUACACACUCAGGGUGUUUGUAGUGCAAAAAUAUGAAGAAAGGUGUUCUAGCUAGAGGAGGAGAGGUUGGAUGAAAAAAAAAUCAUAUUUCGUGUAACCUUGGAAAUGAAGUCAGACCAUAGCAUCCUCCUUAGCAUCCGCACCUGGGCACAUCAGAGACAGACGAAUCCACCCGAGCAUGCGAAGCUGAAGAACAUCCACCUCAGCAUCAAUCCCUGAAGCUGAGUCGGAUUAGGAGUAGGAGAACUUUGGCCCACAACUUCUAUACGCAAUAUAUAAGCCAAAAACGCCUGUUUUAGGUCAUCGAACAUAUUGGGAAGCGAGAGAAAGCCACGACAAAAUUUGGAAACCACGAAAUUCGUCUUGAGUUCUUACUUUCCUUCUUUUAUUAAUUUUUAUGCAUUCUUGGGAAUUAUUUUAGAUUGUUACCAUGAGCAUGGUUGGUUAAGAACCCUAUUAUUCUGGGGUUAUGGGGGCUACAUGAAUGUUGAGGUUUGAAGUUUAAAUUGACGAGUUUGAGUUUAUUAUAUUGGGUAGUUUAUUUAA